UUUCAGAUGUUAGCUGAGAAUAUGGUUGUUCAGCAAUGCUACGCCUCAUCGUCCCAAGCAGUUCGAUGCACACGUUAGUGUUUGCUUUUGUAGCUGGAGGUUGAACAUGGUGAACUCAUCUGUUAUUACUGAGAAAGAUGUGCAAGAGGAAGAGGAUUCACGAAGCGGGGUGAGAAAGAAGGUGUGUUCGUCGACCAGUGAUUGUUCUGACUUCUCCAAAACCGUGGCAAAGCGGAUGGAUGAUAACCUUGUACUAAAUAUCAGCCAAUCACAAAGCCGUGAUAGAUGUGUGAAGGAUGCGACUGCCCAAAAACUUCUCGGCUUAAGUACUAGGAUCCCGAAGCAUCUGGUUGCUCUCGAUGAGAGCUGUCUCCGACGCUGCCUGGAAUUGGUCCACAAAAGUGUGUCAAAGGAUACGACACGCAACAUACUGGUAAAGUUGACCUCCUCGCCUGAUUUCCAGUGUUCGUUAUCAGCAAUUGGGACUGGGAAUGUCGUCCGGAGGCAUGCUGGGCUGUGGAUUAUAGAUCCGAUUGUGGGAAGCGAGACUAUUAUAGAAAAAGACAUAGAUCAAAGUCCUCUUUUUUGCCAUUUUGGUGCACUCGGGAAUGAUGCCAAAUAUAUGAGAUCAAACCCGCAUGAUGCUAAGGACUCGGCAGGUUGCGAUUUGACAGACUCUCCAAACCAGCAGAGUGUCAGCUCGCUGAUAGAGAUGGAAAAUGAAGUGUCAUUUCAGGAAAUACCAAGCUCUGCUAUUGACUCUAAAUAUGAAAGAUUUACUUCGGUUGCGAGCAUGAGAUCAAGGAGUUCCGAUAGAUCUUCUACUUCUCCCGGUGCUGCUUUUUCUCAGGGUAUGCUCCAAUGCACAUGGAAGGUUGGGAUGCCGCAUUUCGUUCUGUCCAUCGAUGACCAGAGGGAGAUACUCAUCGCGGAUCCCAUGAAGGUAGGAUCAUCGAGUCACGCGGGUUCAGACUGGGUGUAUUUGUUCUAUUUAAAAAGGCAGGCUUCAACAAAACACGUGAGCCACGGUAACGAGCCGCAUCUUAUAGGAAAGAUGGAGGUGGUAACAUCGAUGUCCCUUUGCCCGGAGAAUCUCAAAAUCGUGCAGACUGAGUUUGUUCUAUUUGGAGGCUGGGAAACUUUUCCGGAAGAGGGGCAAGCUAUGGGUGUCAACCGCUGGAAGAAUAAGAAGUUGGCAAAGAAAGUGGCUAAUGUGUUCAGGCCUGAUUCAUCUAAGCAGAGAGGUGUAUCUGGAAAAAGUGGGAUUUUGGACGAUCAUUCUCCAGAAUCAGGCCAAGAUAUGCACAGAAACCUGGAUAUGCCAGGCGGGCUUAGCAUUACGGAGCAUCUUCUUCCGCCCAAUCUUGAAUUAGCUGCCAUUGUGGCGAGGAACCGUGUGGGGGACAUUCAGAAGGAAGAAACUGGAGGUUGGGGUUUGAAAUUUCUCAAAAAGAAUGGUGAAACUAGGAAAAUCGACCAUCCAGAUGCCCGCACUUCAGUGUGCGGCGGUAGAGAUUCCAGCGACUCUGUCGUUGGUGUGGAAGUUGCAGUCCCUGCAGGACUUCACGGGGGUCCAAGAACGCGGCAUGGUGGCGCCUCUAGUCUCAUUGAAAGAUGGAAAUCUGGUGGACAGUGCGACUGCGGUGGAUGGGACCUGGGCUGUCCACUAACACUACUCAAAGCAAGAUCAAGCGACGGACGUAUUCUAAACACCAAUUGCGAUGAGCAGGACUGCAAGUCGUUCGAUCUCUAUAUGCAGGGUUCGGAGCAUUGUCUUCCUACAUUAAGGAUGACGGACGUCCGCGACGGCCUCUAUCUUAUUCAUUUCAAUUCAGCAUUAUCGCCUCUGCAGUCUUUCUCGAUUGCUAUUGCACGUAUUCAUUCUCAGAGUCAUGUUCUCCACCCGAAACUGUACAGGAGUUGAACAAGAAUGCAGGAAUAGGAUUUCGGUGAUUUUUCCCCCGUACUUUUUUUUCUUUUUUCAAGUUAUAGGGAAUUGGCAGUGAGUUUAUACAACAUGUACGAUCUCUUCAACUGAGUCUCUAAGGUGGUCGGUGUCUUCAACUUGGAGUGCUUUCUUUCGUGACAAUACACGGCGUUGAUUGAGUCGAGAUUUCCAGGAUUUUUGAAAAUGUAAUAGUCCUGUAAUUUGCUCCAUUUAGUUUGGAAUGCUGUAAUUAUUCAAUAUAUCUAUGUCGACCUGAUGCGAUCACCUGCUGUCUGCUGUUCUAUGAGAAGCUCCACUUCAGACAGUUUCAGAA